GUCCAGUAAUCAUAACCAGGAAGAAAAGUUUUUAUAGAGUCGCGUGACGUUGACGGUAUGUGCAGACUCCAAAUGCAUUGUCAGAAAUUACUGACCUGAAAACAAAUUGAGAGACCCCAGAGCAGCAGGAAAAUGCUCCGUUUUCUCUGCUGUUGCUUCUCAAGUGGAGACUCCGCCGACGAGAGACAGCCUCUCCUGCACCCUGGACCAUCGGACCUGAAUGAAGCUGGAUCAGCCAGGCAGAGCCGAUCAGCACACAGUGAUGCAAAGACCGUAAAGCGGAUUGGCAGGCUGGUUAUGAGGCGAGUGUGUGUGCCAGAGUUGGACCAGAGGUUUUCUGACAUGGCAGAGACUUUCAAUGAACAGCACGAGCGAUAUGAGGCCAUGGUCCGAAAUAUCAGAAACCUGCGCCAGAGCUACAGCUGUAACCACAAUGAUACCCUGGCUUUAACCGAAUGUGUUGGGAUGAUCAGAGACGAGCACGAGGCCAAGUACAGGGUCUCACUUCAGAUAAAGGGAUACGAAUUCUCCCUCAUUGUGGUUCGUGUGGAUGAAAGUGAUGAGGAACCACUGCCUCCACAUCUGCAAUUUGCUCAGAAUGAAGUGAAGGGCAUUUCGGCGAGUGCCAAAGCCACCAUCUCAAAGGGCACCACACUUCAAGAGUUGAUUGGCUGGCUGCUCCGUAGCAAGGAUCAAAUGGCUGAACAAGUGAAGGGGACUGCAGCAACUUACCAGGAGCAUGGCAGGCUGAGUGAGAACCUGGAGGAGAACCUGAAAGAAGUGAGGAGGGCGAAGGAGUUUGCACUAGGAUACAGACAACAGGGCCGGGGAAGUCUUCACUGAGGCUGCACAGAUAGCAGGGGCUUAUCUUUAAUGUUUUUUUUUAGAUGUCCACUUUAAAUCCACCAUACAACAUUUAAAACAAUAAGGCACACACAGAACAGCAUGCAUUUAAAUAAUCCAAGUCUUUGCUUUGCAGCAUCUUGCAUCACCUUUAUUAUCAGUACACAGAGUUUUACAAUGAUAUCUUUUUUUAAAUGUUUUAUCAUUUUUUUAAUAAAAAGUCUCUGCUUUUUGAGACUUAUUUUUAUAUUUAAAUGAUGAUGUCUGUAGAAUGACUUACAUUAUUUUCCUUGCAGGGUGUAAUCUUACCCACUAACAUUAGGUGGCAUUGCAGAAUCACUUUACAUUUCCAAAGGUUGCACCUCAAUUUAUAUUCCUCCAAUUAUUUUGUUUCUCUAAAAUGCACUACAUGAAUGUACAUUCCCAAUAUUCCAAUACCAAUAAAAAACAUAUAUUACACACUUUUCUACCUGAUUAGACACUUGAAUUUGCAAUAUUUGGGCGGUAAGGAGAGAUUGUUCUUUGGCUUUUCUAAAACAGGAUAAUUGUGAGUGUGACUUGCAUAGGAUUAUACAUCUCUUCUAUAAUGUACAAAGGACAGGACAGAGUGCCCCACAGAGGCAUGGCAAUAGGACAUGAGGCAGAUUUCCUGAUUAUUUUCCAAAAAAGCCCAUGUAUUUAUAAACUGAUUAAAACCCAGCUUUCCAUCUGUUAUUUGCAUGAAAACACAGGGUCAUAUGCCAUCUUGAUAAUUCAUUUUGGAAAAUCCAUUGUUCUAGAGGUCAUUGUCAAGUGGUCAUGCAUUAUUUAUCCAUCAGAGAAAUUUUUAGAGUCGUGCUUUUGCCCUAAUCUUUACAGGUUUAUUU